AUGGCGAACCGACGGCCGCAGUUCAAUCAGCAGUUCCACUAUGACACCACCCCCCUCCCGGACUCGAUCCCCAAGGUCCAGGAGAUCGGUGCCAGCUCUGCGCCCCUUCUCUCGGCCUCUUUCUUCAUAGGCGCCCGCUGCCGCGACUACAACGAUGACUACAUGAAGUGCAAGACCGACGCCAACGGCCGGGGCGAGUUCGACUGCAUGAAGGAGGGCCGAAGGGUGACGAGGUGUGCUCAGAGCGUGCUUUCUGAUAUCAACGCCCACUGUCUCGAGACAUUCCGCGCCCACUGGAACUGCAUCGAAAACAACAACCACCAGCUCUACCAGUGCCGUCCCCAAGAGUGGAAGUUCAACAAGUGUGUUUACGAGAACCUGAAACUCGAGAAGACGAUUCCUGACCAACGACCUGGCGCCAUCCCCGUCGAGCUGAGACAACAACAGAUCUACGCCAACCACUCCGUCAACCCCCUCGAAUCCAAGCCCUUCAUUCCGCCUAGCAAGGCCGAGGCUGCUAAGCAGGCCUCGUGAGCGCAGGCGGCGAUGGAGAGUUGAUUUUGUUUAAGCCCACUGGUGCCGUGUACGAAUGGGGGGUUUUUUUUUGAGAAUGGCGAAAGCAGUUGGCGGCGACGGUCAGAUAUAGAGCCGUGUAAAUAGGGCAUGCAUCAAAUCAAAGAAUCCGUUUUCUCGUCACGUUUUUCGUCGUCUGGU